GCGCAAUCAGCUACACCCUGCACCAUGGCGUCCACAGUCCCUACGUUCACGCUGAACAAUGGCACGACGAUCCCUGCUAUCGGCAUGGGGUGUUCAAUGCACUCGCAAGGAGGAGGCGAUCGCGUCGAAGAGAUGGUCAGGAAGUCGCUAAAGCACGGCUAUCGCCAUUUUGACACGGCGUCCAUCUCUGCCAAUGAGGAAAACCUCGGAAAGGCGUUGAAGGAGUCAGGCAUUCCGCGGAAAGAGCUCUAUGUUGCCACCAAACUAUGGAACAACGAACAUCACAAAGUCCAGGAGGCUUUCGAGGCGUCACUGAAGAGACUCGACACCGAAUACAUUGACCUAUAUCUCAUGCACUGGCCUCAGGCCGUAAUCAAGGGCACUAACUGGUUCGAUCCCCCCGUUCAACCGGAGGAGAGCCCAACGUACGUCGAGACUUGGAAAGAAAUGGAGAAACUGCUGGCGACCGGGAGGGUUAAGAGCAUCGGUGUCUCCAACUUCUCCAUCAAGACACUGGACCACCUGAUCAAAAACUCGACCGUCGUCCCUGCGGUUAACCAGGUCGAGAUGCACCCUUGUUUGCCCGAGAACGAGUUGAAGGAGUACUGUGACUCAAAGGGGAUCCUUCUCGUCGCCUACUCUCCUCUCGGCCAAUCGAACCCGCUCUUGCUCGCCGAGCCUACGAUCACCUCGGUCGCCGAGAAGCACAACGCUACCCCCGCCCAGGUGCUGUUGAGCUGGGCAGUGCAGCGCGGUACCGCUGUUAUCCCAAAGACCGAGAACGAGGACAGGAUGAAAGCUAACCUCCAGCUUCUUAAACUAUCCGAGGACGACAUGGCUGCCGUGAACGCGAUCCACAAGAAGCCGGGGAUGCACAAGUCAAUCUCUGUCGUGCACACCUUAUCCGAUGAUGGUACCGUGUUCGGGUGGACCUAUGAGCAGCUGGGAUGGAACAUGGUCAAGGGCGGUAUCGUGCCGCAGUGAAUCAAGGACCCUCCCGGCCUCCGGAGAGUAAUGUAUGAUGACACUGAAGUAUCAUGAGAAAUAGUGUAAUACCACAGAUGCCUCUUGAAUGAUGGAUGUCUCCGCAAGAGACGCUUUCG